AACAGACUGCUUCUGGAAUGAAGAGGAGACAGGGUUAGGGGCAAAAUAAAGAAGACAAUUGAGUGGGGAAGGGAGAAAAAAAGGGGAAAGAACAGUUAGGGAACACAGAGAAAAUGUAAAAAGAGACAAGGGAGGUGAAGCAGAGUAUUUCUAAAUACACAAUAAUAUGUUAAAGAAUUAGUGGGCAAGAAUUAAAGGAAUUACAAAGGUAAAAGUAAGGGGCAGAAUCCAAAGGAAGAAGAAAUCCACAGGAAGAAGAGAGAAGUGGAUGGGGGAGAACAAGGAGUAGAGUAACUGAUUAUUUUGGUAUAGAUAUAAGGGACCUAUCAGUUUUAUCUAGAAACCAGCUAUGUCUAACAAAGGCACACAGCAGUAUUAUCGAACAGAAAGCAGCGACUCUGCAGCUAGCAUGCUCCGGGCAGGUAGGGAGGAGGGUGGCACAGACACGGACACAAAGGGUCGUGAGAGAAGAGAGUGCAACCCCUUUUGGCUGCCGGGGGCAAUCGGACUGAUUUUGGUUUUGCAGAUAGCCUGUACCACUGGGCUGUUUGUGUACUUCUCAGUGUCCGUCUCUAAGAUAAAAGUUGAAACGCAGGGUAUGUCAGAAGAGCUACGUUGUCUUCAAAUUAUCAACACAAUGGGCCGAGUGUCUGAUAAUGUGGAGUUUGACCCAGAUGAAUUCUCACUAAAGGAAUCCUGUCAGAAGUUGGUCAAUAGUAUCAAGUCAUACGUAACUCAGGUAACAGAGAGUGCAAUGCAAAGAACAAAAAUGAUAGACAACAGAAUGAAGAAUAUCACAUAUGGCUUAGAUACAUUACCUGACAGCGGAUUUAAUAUUAAAACAUCAGCUCAUCUCACACUAAGAACCAAUUCUUAUUCAGGUGAGAAAACACUUGAAAAUGAAAAAUUUAGAAUUCCUUACCAGUCCUGUCACUUCCCUGUAAAACAGUGGGAUUCUAAUGGUCCCUUGUCUCAUGUGCAGAACAUGAUUUAUCGGAAUGGGCAUCUCAAUAUACUUCAAGAUGGGAAAUACUAUAUUUAUUCCCAAAUCUAUUUUCGAUAUCCUCAUAAUGAGGAAUCUAGCACCUCGUCCAUUAUAGGCCACCAGCUGGUACAGUGCAUAAAUAAGAAGACAUCCUAUGUUGAACCCAUUUUGCUUCUUAAAGGCAUUGGUACAAAGUGCUGGUCUCCAGAUGCAGAGUAUGGACUCCAUUCCAUUCACCAUGGAGGUGUUUUUGAGCUGAGAUCUGGAGAUGAGUUAUUUGUCUCAGUCUCUUCUUUAAAUAUGGUCAAUGCAGAUGGUGCAUCUAGCUUCUUUGGAGCUUUCAUGCUCGAUAUGUGAAAACUCCUGAAAGAGUGGGUCUUUAUGUUGUGUAUUGAAAACAUACACUGUAAAGCACAAUGGUAUACUUGAAAAAAUACUGAUGGCCAAUAUAGUUCAAAUUAGACAAUGUUAUACUGGAAGCAAACAGUGAGAGUGGAAUCUCAGCACUGUGUCAUGCACUAUUGUCAUAUAUUCGAUAAUUGAUGUUAUCGGCUGUUUUUGCCAUUUCUUUACGUCAAGUUUAUUACAUGCUAGUGUAGCCAAGGAGUUGACACUACAACCCUACUGCAAACUAGCCAGCCAAUUCUCCCUUUACUUAAGUUGUUGGGGCUAUAUUAAUUAUGUCACUAUGUAUGCUUAGCUACUAGUAUAGUGAAGCCCAUUUGUGUAUUUGUGUUGAAGCAGUAAAAAAGGCACCUUUCAAAAGAAUUGAAAAUGUUAAUGCACUGUAACGGGUUAAUGAAGGUUUUUGUAAUUCAUAUGAGUUUUGCACCGGCAACAACUAAAUAAUUUUGUAAAACAUGCUUCCUCUUGUAAAGGAUGUCUGUAAUCGUUAUAUUGUUAAUAAAAAAAAACCUU